AUGGAAAACGUUGAAUAUACUCUUGAGGACUUUGGUACAUGGAAAGUGGUCGCUUUGAAAGAGUUCUUGUCAAAACGGGCAUUAAAAAUCGAGGGAAAUAAAGCUACGUUAGUCGCUCGUGCCUUUGCUGCUUGGGAGAUGCAAGUCCCUAUUUCAAACACUUCAGUACAGCGUGAAGCUGAAAUAAAUGCAGCAUAUCAGACCCUCCUAACGGUGGAUUUGGGUAGCUCUUCGGUAGUUCUACCUGAUCCUUUAAAAGAAGUGUCUGCUUGGAUAACAGAAAACGAAGGAAUCAAGGACUGGCCUCCGAUUUACUUUAAUGACAUCUGCGUGUUUAUCCUAAGCAAGCACCCUGGUAAAGAUGUUGGAAUGCGUCAAAGGAUGCUCAACGAGUAUAAAGAAGGCAAAGCAUUUCGUUAUUUCGACAAUAACUGGUUAAAAGAAGUUUUUUUUUACCCCAUCAAGGACACAGGCUAUUGCUUUUUGAAAGCGGAUUGCACCCCUUCUAUGCGCCUCAGUCAUUUGCCACAUCAAGUUUGGGUUUGUGCCCAUAAAACAAAGGGUGAUAUAAAGUCUGCAUAUUGCACUUGUACUGCAGGGUGAGUAGAAUUUAUAUUGACCUAUAUAAUAUAGGUUUUGUGCAUAACAAUAAUGCAGCAAUAGCAGUGGGCUAUUCCAUUUAACCCCCCCCCCCCUAUUGAUUAAAGCACUUAAGAUUUACCCCUCAGAAAAAGAUCAAAGUGCUGACAUAUACACCCCCUCAGAAAAGGCAGAAUUGUUUUCCAAACCCUUCAGAAAUUUUGGAGAUCAAAGGAUGCUGACAGAGUGAACCCCGCAGAAAUUGCUUUCAUGAGACCCCUAAUCAAUAGGGGGGAUGGACAUUAAAUGGAAUGCCCUAAUAUGGUUGUGUAUAGAGAUGUUUCUGGAGACAGUGUAAAUUUUUUUUUGCAUUCACAAAAUGUUUCUGAAAUGGUGUGUUUUCUAUACUUUAGACUUGGCGAGACCUGUAACCAUGUUGCUGCUCUGUUGUAUCGAGUGGAAGCUGCAGCUAGACUUGGUGUGACAAAUCAGCCAGCAUGCACAUCCCUUCCCUGCAAAUGGACACCACCAAGCAAGAAGACAAACGUUAACCCCAAAAUGGUAUGUGAGAUGGAUUGGAAGAGAACUAAGCAUGGGGAAUUUGGUAAUAAAACAACUAGUUCUUUUCUAUUAUUUUUUUACUUGUAUUUCAAACCUAACCCUAAAACCCUAACCCCCAACCAUGAUUUUAUGUCAGUAUUUGUACCAAACCUGUUUUGCCAAAAACAGUCAUUAUGAUUUAAUACAUUGGGUCUAAUAUUAAGUCCAUCUUGUUUUAGAGAAAAGACCUCUUAUUUCUACCAAGAAACAACUUUUUUCAUUGAUAAAAAAAAGUGGAACAGUGCAGUCAACUAAGGUUGCACAUCAACAAGUGGUAGAUGCCCUAUCAGUUCUGCCUAAUUCCUGCUUCAUGCAAGUGGCUAAUGCAAUGAAAGAAGUGAACAACCCUCCACAAGCCAACACUGAUAAUACAUUACCAACUGACCCUGAAAAAAGUGCUGGAUCACACUUAAAAAUGGAUAACUUGGUAAAACCAUACAAAUUUCAUGAGAGUGAUGAAGAGUCCCAUGUAAAUACCAAAAUUAAAUCAUUUGUAGGAUCUAUACCAAUGCUGAGUCCUAUGGAAGUGUCAGAAGUAGAACAAGCCACAGUAAGUCAAUCAGAUAGCACUGAUUGGUUUGAGUUUAGGAAAGGUCGAAUAACAGCCUCUAAAUUCUAUGCUGUUCAUACGAAAGUCAAGUCGAUUGAACAAGGACAAUUGAACGGAGAGUUGGUUAAUGUUCAUAGCUUACUCUCAACAAUAAUGAACUACAAAUCACUAAGUCAUGAUAUCCCAUCUCUUAAAUAUGGAAGAAAUAUGGAGGAAGAAGCAAAAGCAUUCUACAAUAACAAAAUGAGGAAAGAGCACACAGAUUUUGGAUUUAGAGAUUGUGGGCUUUUUCUUGAUACGAAUAAAUCAUAUUUGGGAGCAACACCUGACCAGUUGGUACAAUGCAAAUGCUGUGGAGAGGGACUACUUGAAAUUAAAUGCCCUUACUCUAUAAGACACACAAAGCCUGGUUCUGAAAACUUGGCCUUUAUUACUUCUGAUAAAGAAGCCAACCAGUGUCAGCUGAAAACCAAUCAUAGUUACUAUGCACAAGUACAGGGACAAAUGGCGAUAACUCAGAGAAAAUGGUGUGACUUUUUUGUAUAUACAGCACAUGGAUAUUAUAUAGAAAGGAUUGCUUUCAGUGAAGCAUACUGGUUAGAUAUUUGUGAAAGCUUGGAUUAUUUUUGGAUUAACCAUUUGUCACAAGAACUUGUAACUGAAAAGUUAUUAAAAGCAGUAGUACCAGUAUAA